GACAGGUUGAGAGAGAGGGCGUCAAAGAAGCCCUAGUUUUCUUCUUUCUGUUCAUCUCCCUCUUCAUCUAGUCGAUUUCCAUUUCUCUGCAAAUCCAUUUCAGGGGUCUGUUGACGCCGUGAUCUUCUCGGCUGGUGUUUCGAGUGAGGUUGUUCGUCGCUUGGUUUUGUCGAGGGCGAAGAUGUCGGACGAUCUCCAGUACGCUUCGAGGGCGGACAACAAAAGGAAGUUCGACGACCCAAUAGCCCCUCCGUCGUCAGCUCCUCCGCCCCGGCGGUCGACCGGGUUCUCUGCGCCCAUCACCUCGCCGCCUUCUGACUCCCAGACGCAGCCAUCGUACAACAGCGUCCCUCCGCCUGCGGACGAGAUCCAGCUCGCCAAGCAGAGAGCCCAGGAGAUAGCUGCCCGGCUGUUCAACAACGCGGAGGCAAAGAGGCCGCGCGUCGAAAACGGGGGUGAUGAUAUUGGUGUGGGAGAUCAUGCUUCAAAACCAUCAACUUUCCCAAUUUCUAGUUCACAAUCUGGGUCAUUUGGUCUUGGCUCACAGACUGGCUCAUAUGGCUACCAGGGUACCAGUAAAAAGAUAGAUAUUCCAAAUGGAAGGGUUGGCGUGAUCAUUGGAAAGAGUGGUGAGACAAUUAAGUACCUUCAACUUCAAUCAGGAGCAAAAAUUCAAGUGACAAGGGAUAUGGAUGCUGAUCCUAAUUCCCAAACUAGGCCUGUAGAACUUAUGGGUACGCCAGAACAGAUAAGCAAGGCUGAGCAGCUUAUAAAUGAUGUGUUGUCAGAGGCAGAAGCAGGAGGGUCUGGCAUACUUGCUGCAAGAAGGUUCAAUACUGCCACUCCUGGAACUGAACAAUUUGUCAUGAAGGUUCCUAACAACAAGGUCGGUCUGAUAAUUGGCAAAGGUGGAGAAACGAUAAAAAACAUGCAGAGCAGGUCUGGAGCUCGCAUUCAGAUUAUUCCUCUACAUCUCCCUCCUGGUGAUACAUCUGCCGAGAGAACAGUUCAGAUGGAUGGUACCAAAGAGCAAAUUGAAAUUGCAAAACAAUUAGUCAAUGAAGUUUGCAGCGAUAAUCGUGCAAGGAAUCCUCCAAUGAGUGGAUACAGUCAACAAGGCUACCAACCACCACGACCACCAACAAGUUGGGGUCCACCUGGCCCUCCACCAAUGCAGCAACCAGGUUAUGGUUACAUGCAACCUGGUGCUUAUCCUGGACCUCCACCACAAUAUAACAUGCCGCAACAACCGUAUGGAAGCUAUCCCCCACAACAAACGUCAAGUGGAUUCUCCUCUGGCUGGGAUCAAACUUCUGGUGCACCUGCUCCACAAAGCUCUCACGGUGGAGGGUAUGAUUAUUACAACCAGCAACAGCAGCAGCAACCAGCAGCACCAGGGGGGUCCACCGCCCCUGCUGAUGGCUCUACUUAUGGUUAUGGUCAAGCACCACCAGGAAGUUACAAUCAGCAACCAUCUUACGGUGAAUCAGGCUACUCUCAACCCGCUGUUGGGCAGCCACAAUCUUAUGGUCAGGAUGGUUAUGGCGGCUACCAGGCACCUGCUGGACAGCCAGCAUAUGGGCAACAGCCUCCAAACCCACAGUCAGGCUAUGAUCAACAACAAACAUAUGGCUCAGCACCGUCCUAUGGAAACAAAGAUGGAGCAGUCCCUAGUUACGGUUCCCAGGUCCCUCCUGCAGGGCCACCGUCUCAAACUCCUCCACCAACUUCUCAACCACCUGCAGUUGGAGCACCACCACAAGGAUACAGUCAGCCACCAAGUACCACACCAAACUAUCCUUCUCAAGCACCUAACCAGCCUUAUGGAAUGCCACCUUCUCAGCCUGGUUAUGCAGCCCAGCCUCCGUCGCAGCAAGGUUAUGGACAAUCAACGCUAGCUCAACCUGGCUAUAAUCAGCAACCAGCUGCACAAAAGCCUCCUGGCCAAAUGGGAUAUGGCCAGUCUCCCGCCUCUCAGGGUGGUUAUCCUGCUCCUACACAGCCUGGUUAUGCACAUUCGCAGACGGCACCUGCUCCAACUGGCUAUGCGCAGCCUGAUCCUAACCAGCAUCGAACUGCACCGAGCUAUGGUUCCUCACAAGGUGGAUAUGGACAGCAGCCAUAUGGGGCGCCUGCACCCACACAAGCUGGCUAUGGACAACAGUCAUACGGUGAUUCGUAUAAUGCUUAUUCCCAGCAGCCACCUGCCUAUUCUGGAGAGGGCAGUGCGGGUGGCAAUUCACACAGUGGUUAUGAUGCACCACCACCGGGAGCAGCUGCAGGAGCACCACCUGCUGUGAAGACAUCGCCACAGAGCCAAUAGGUUCUUCCAAGACGCCAAUCAGGUAUGUUCGAACUAGAAUUUUGGGUUUUGUUAUCUUGUUGGAGACGGUAAGUUCAUGGGCUCGGGUCUUUGAGGAUGCGGUUGUGCGGUGUUGGGGUCUUCUUCUGUAUUCAAUUUCAGCCCAGACGUCUUAGAUUUGCUGUAGGUACAUGGCACUGGUAAGACUAAUAGAUUCAUAUUUUGGUUGUAAAAGGGAUUUCACCUCUUUCUUGUCAAUUAUCUUUCUUGUCUCA